AGAGCCUGCGCCGGCUCCCCUCACAGGAGCCGCUUCCCUCACCCAGUAUUUAAAGGGGAGGCGCCGGGAGGGAGCGGGGUCUUGCGUUGAACCGUCCCGUGGUCCUAAGAACUACCGCUCCCGGCGUGCGGUGCGGCGGCCGCUGCCACCGCCCCCCAAUCCCGACUCCCGCCGACCAGGACGCGGGGGGCGGGCUUGGCUCGGGGCGGCGGGCGGUGUCGGGGAGCGGAGCGGGACAUGGCCGAGGCGGGGCCGCUGCCGCCCGCCGCCGUACCCGCGGGUUCGCCCGGCGCAGGGGCCCGGAGGACAGGCGGCGGGAGCGAGGGGUCGGGGCCGCCGGAGCUGCCGGCCGGAGACAGGCGGGAGCUGCUGGAGGAGGUGGAGAUGCAGAUCGGCGAUGCCGCCUUCUCGCUGGCGAAGAUCCUGGAGGCGACGUCGGCCGUGUCGGCCCAGGUGGAGGAGCUGGCCAUCAAGUGCUCGGAGAACGCCCGGUUCCUCAGAACAUGGCGGGACCUGCUGAGGGAGGGGUACGAGUCCCUGAAGCCCAGCGGCUGACCUGCCCCUGCCCGGCCGCCUCCCGCCGCGCUGAGAUGAGGGUUUUUUUUAACCGACCUUUUUAGGGAGUUCAUGUGGACUUUUGUUUUCCCUCCCCGUGAGCCCGGAGUUCUUUCAGAAAUACUUGCACGGGUAUUGUAUGUAAUUCACCGAAGAAAAUAACCUUGUUUAGGGAAUCAGUUGUGAAGUUCAGACUCUUCCGUUGCCGCUCAAGCGAUUUCAUACGUGAAAUACUCUCUUUUCUUUUGUUUUGUUUUUUUUUUUUUUUUUUUUCUUCCCACCCUCUAAUGUGGCGGAUGCAAAGUUAGUAUGUGUGGUACGUCCAGAACUCAUUACUGGUGAGGAAGUGGUGUCCUCCAAGGAGGUAUUGUUAGCCCUCCUUUUUAAGAGCUGUUACCAGCGGAAACACUGCCAACUCCAGAGAAACUUGCUGAACUAACUUCAUUUUUUCUCUAAGCACACUUUUUCCUCGUGUUGAGGAUGGGAUAAUAUGGCAAGGUGUGGCUUAUUUUUGAGCUUUAGAUAAGCCCCGUAUCCCAAACCUUGCCGCUUUUAGCAGUAAUGCAAUGUAUUUCUAUAAAGCUGCAGAUCUUUUGCAAGAUGUUUGAUAACUGCAAACAAUUUUAUGAUAUAUUUUGUUGUAAUAAAGUGCCUUAUGAUGGACCAUAUAACAACACUCUUUUUAACAGCAUUCUUUACUGAUAGGAUGGAUUGUUUUGAACUGUAAGUAAAAGUUUCCAUCAGUUAGAAAUGAAUCGGUGAAAUGUAUUAUCCCAUCUUCCGAGAGGCAUGUUAGAGCUUUUUUGGUACCUGGUCAUAUUUUAUAUCUUUGCCUUAAGCAGAUACUCAUUAGUUAGUCUAGAGCUUCCUGGUAACAGAACCUUUCGGUCUCAGAGGUCACUGAUCUGUAAUAAAUAGCUGUACUGAAGCUCCUGUACCUUUACCGGAGCAAUGUGAAAAAAGGAAUGCUGAAAUCCAAUGGGAGGUUGCAGGAGAACACGGUUGCACCAUGACCAGCUGUAUUUUUACCAGUAGAAGGACUUUUUAAAAGACAAACUGUAGUUUUCUUAUCAAAACAAUAAAGAUAAUAGAAAAAUCUGAAAUAGCAAA